AUGGAACGUUUUGAAGAUUUUUGUGAUGGAUCAUCCGAAAUAGCUGAAAUUUAUGAUGUCGAAUUAUUUACCGAUAAAGGACUCGGGGCAAUUUUAUGGCAAGGUAGAGUGUCACUUCAAACUGGCACUGCUACGGAAAAUGUCAACAUUUGGGCACCUCCGAACUUACCCUUACCUGCUAAAGUUAUGUUAAGAAGUUGGGGUGCAACUGCUAAAGGCCCCAAUUGUUUCACACUAAGUAAUACUACUAACAGUGAUAGUAGCAGUAUUGUUUCAUCAAUUGAACAAGAUUUUUAUUCUACAAAUAAUCCAAUAGGAAUAAAAGAUAAAUCAUUAAAACAUUUAUCAAGAGCAUUUCUUGUAUACAAGUUAUGUUCUAUUCAAUGGCUAGUAAAUAGUUCGUCAAGUAUUAUUCGAUUUGCGGAAAAUUUUCACCUUGGAGAUCAAAGUGCAAAAGAAAGAAAUCCAAGAGUUGAAACUAAACUUCAAGGUAAGACGCAACAUGAUCAAUACAAAACGGAAUAUGAUGAGAACCAAAAACAGGGAAAGAAGGGAUUAAAGGAAAGAAACGAGGACAUAAACCAAUCAUACAACAAUAACCAACAAGGAUCAGCAAUAUCAAAAGUUAAAGGAUAA